GUUCCGAUGGGAGUUAUCGACAGAGCUAUGUAAAUUACUACUUUUUAUUAUAGUUUUAUCAAAUAAAUGCAAAAUGGAUAUCUGCCGCCUGUGUUUGCGCGGAGUGAGCGGCGCCCAGAUGUGUCUACAGAUUUUCGAUGUGGAUUCGGCGGAGAACAAGGUGGCAGAGGUUCUGCGCCAGCAUUUCUGGUUCGAGGUUCUGCCCAACGACGAGAUAUCCAAGGUCAUUUGCAACGUCUGCUGGACGCAGGUGUCUGAGUUCCAUCAGUUCUACGUUUCCAUACAGGAGGCCCAGGUGAUUUAUGCCACCACAUCCAAGUUUAAGCAGGAUCCAGAGAUGGUCAAUACAUCCUGGCCGGAGGAGGUGCUUAUGCCGGCCGACGUCCUCGCUGUGGACAACGAUGUUAGUGCUCAGCUAAAUGUAAAUCCCCUCGACGAACUGGAUCUAAGCCAACCGAUGUCCCCGGAAGACAGCAAGGUCGGCAUCAAAACAGAGCGUGAAUCACCCGACAUGGAAUUCAUCUACGAGGAUCCUAGCAAUGAACUUGACGAGGACUACGAGGAGGACGAGGAAGAGGACCCCGACGACUUGAUUGUGACCCGCAGCGGACGCAAGCGCAAACGGGAGGUGCCCAAGCCGACGAAAACGAAAAGGGGAGUUGGCAGAAAGGGCAAGGAGAAGAUCGUGGCUAAGCGGGGACCACCGAAAAGGAUAUUUAAAAUGGAACGCCUGCCACCGUUUUGCAAGGAGGACGAAGAACUGAUUAAGCGAUACAUAGUCAUGGGCUGCGAGCUGUGCAUAUUUCUGGCUGAGGACUUUGACGGCAUCCGUGAGCACUUCAAGGAGAAGCAUCCUGAGGAGAGACCCUACAUUAAAUGCUGCGGACGCAAGCUCAACAAGCGCUGCCUCAUUCAGGAGCAUGCGAGAAGGCAUGAGAAUCCCGAAUACAUCAAAUGCAAGGACUGCGGCAAGGUGUUUGCCAACUCGAGUGUGCUGCGUGCCCAUUGGCUGGUCCACCAUGUGCCAGAUGAGGAGUGCGACUUCCAGUGCGAGGACUGUGGCAAGCGUUUCUCGCGACGCAAUCUGCUCGAGCUACACAAGGGUUCUCAUGUGCCCGUUAACGAGCGCAAGUUUAUCUGCCCUCAGUGCCCUAAACACAAUGCUUUCGCCACGGAGUACCACAUGCAAGUUCACAUCAGCAUGCAGCAUCGCAAAGCGGCCAAUAUUUGCCAUGUCUGCGGCAAGAAAAUCAAGGAUAAGGCCGUCUUCGAAAAGCACGUUCGCCUGCACUUCGAGGAGAGCGGGCCCCGCAUCAAGUGCCCACGUCCAGACUGCGAGAGCUGGCUGAAGGACGAGGACAAUCUCAAGCAGCAUUUGAGGCGCCACAACGACGAGGGCAAAUUGUUCAUUUGCUCGGAAUGUGGCAAGAGCUGCAAGAACUCCCGUGCACUGAUCGGUCACAAGCGCUACUCCCACUCGAAUGUGAUUUAUACCUGCGAACAGUGUGGCAAAACCUUCAAGAAGGACAUUAGCCUUAAGGAGCACAUGGCCCAGCACACUGGCGAGCCACUCUACAAGUGUCCCUUCUGUCCCCGCACAUUCAAUUCGAACGCCAACAUGCACUCCCACAAGAAGAAAAUGCAUCCAGUGGAAUGGGAUAUCUGGCGCAAGACUAAGACGGGAAGCUCCCAGAAAGUCCUGCCCAGUGCUCAAGUCGCACAGAUGUUUAGAGACGAUGUCGAUGCCGCAGCUAUUGCCAAUGACUAUUCAGCUUAGGCCUAGGAACUCUUAAGAGUUCGAGGAACGAUUGCUUAGUUUUUGAUUAACCUUUGUUUGAAAACAAAAUAUAUAUAAUAGGAAUUAUUUGAAAA